CUUGGACACUAUAUAGAACGGGCACCAAUUAGUUGGGAAGAUUUCAACAACAAUACGGCGGAAUAUACUCAUAUGCUGGUGACACGUAGGGCCGGUCACAGAGGUGACACCCAUUAGCGGCAUAUACGGAGUGGUCUGUGUGUUGCUGCUACCGAUACAAUUUUGUCAACACUUUACGUGACCUGGUCACGCCCACCGUGCUGGUGUGCCUAGGACAUCGACGUGUUUGCUCUGCAAUAAAUUGCGCACAGUAAACUAGAGCAGAUGCUCACAAAAUCUGCUCUUCAGGACCACAACAAGUUGUUUUUACCGCGAAUUAAUGCUAAAUUCACAUAUUUGAGAACAUUGGGCUUCGUUUUUUAGUGAUAUCGCGAUUAUUUUGAAGAUGCCGUCAACCAAACGCACGUAAUCCAAUUAGCUUAUUUGGAAUCGAAACGUGAAAGGUGCAGAUGCAAACCGGAUUGUCUGUAAAUUGAGUGCAUAUGGCCGUGUAUGCCUUAACAAAAUCGACCUAGUAACUACACUACGUGGUCACCAGGACCACAUGUGGAAAAGCGACGGUUGCGUCUGAUGUACAAGGGCAGAGCAGUAAGUUUCCGGCUACACAGUAUAUAUUAGGUGUAGAUAGCUUGGAAAGAAAAAAUGUAACGUGUAAUCCAUUCUGAACAUUGUUCCGUGAUCUCAACUCACUGGACCCUAUGUCAGCAGCCCUGCACAGCUCACAAGUGUUGCUAUACUCUGAUUAUAGGUGUGGAACUCAGUCGAUGUCACUGGAGGGCGAUAACUUUAUAUGACUACAAAUGUAAUGUAAAGCAGCACCAGAGUGUUGAGCGAUUGCUUGCUGCGUUUGGGGAUGUAGCGCCUUCAAGAACCAUCAUGUUUGAGCGGUCCGCGGAAUUCAAGCGUAGCACGCGGUCCUUGGAUGAUGUGGCACGGUGUGGUCGACUUGUGGAGGGCACCACAGCGCACGACAUUGCUGCUGUGCAAGCAAUGUUGAAAGAAGACGGGCGGGUGACUGUGUUACAUCUGGGGAAAGGCAUCGGGAUUUCAUCGGGACCAUUCCGCUUCAUCCAAUAUGAGAGCCUCGGCCUCAGAAAGGUUUGCACACGCUGGACAUCCCAUCAACUCAGUUAGGACCUGAAAGCAGUUCGGGUGAAUUGGUGCCGCACCAUGCUUGCCAGGUUUGAUGGUGGAUGUUCCAUUGUUGUUUGGGUGAUUCUCAUUGGUGAUGAGAUCUGGGUAUACAGUUUCAACCUAGAGAACAAUCAACAAUCGGUUCAGUGGACGGCCGUUGGUGUGGAGCCGCAUCAGAAAUUCCGGCGUGAGCGCAGUGUGGCCGAGUUGAUGGUGACUGUGUUCGUGGCCAAGAGAGGUCAUGUGGCUACUGUACCGCUCAAAUGGCAACGCACAGUCACCGGCGACUUGUUUACCACCUACCCUCUUCCACAAGUGCUGGAAGCUAUAGCCAGACGUAAUCCAAUGGCUGGGGCACGAGAGAAGUUGCUACACUAUGAGAACACACCUGCACACAAGCUCCAUGUCGUCCUGGAGUUACUGGAUAGAGAACGCAUCCAGGAAGUUGGUCGCCCAUACUACGGUCCAAACCUGGUUACUGGUGACUUUUGUGUGUGCCCAAGUGUCAAGCGCAUAACGCACUGAAUCCGCUACAAAUCACCAACAAUUGCAGUGGAA